UGUUUUCCUUCCAUAACCCUAUUUUUUUUCUAUGAUGUCAUCAGUUCAAAGUAGAAUCUGUUAUCUCUUGGUACAGGAAAAUUAGUAGAUUAGUACAGAGAAAAAUUUUGCGAAAUAUUUAUUUUAGUUUAGAUUAUUUGUUUUAUACAGUAUUAAUUAAUUGAUAUACACAAAAACAUGUUUGUAAAGUGUACUUCAUAGGUGUGUGUGGUUAUUUCAUAUUUAUGCUUUGUAUUUUUGGCUACAGGUUAAGAUACAACAAAAAAAUUAAAAUGAGCUUUGGUUCGGAUGUUCCUUGGGGCAUUAGAUUUAUACAGAGAUUUGCUGAUAUUUGCUGUCCUAGGUUUUAUUUCAACAGGGAAUUAUGUUAUCGAGGGAGCAUCGUAUUUUUAACUUAUAUAUCUUACAUGUGCUAUCAUUUAUCAAGAAAACCCAUUUCAGUUGUGAAAACAGUGUUACAUAGAAACUGCAGUAAGCUAGUACCUCCGGAUUCAAAUGAACCCAGUAAUUGGUGCGAUUGGGCACCAUUCGAUGGUACUGAUGACAGUGCCUCACAGAUGCUAGGCGAGUUGGAUUCCUCCUUUCUUUUUUGUUAUGCUAUUGCUAUGUUCGUUUCCGGUAUUAUAGCUGAGAGGGUGAAUAUAAGGUAUUUUCUCAGCAUUGGUAUGAUAUUGUCAGGCGUUUUUACAUACUUAUUAGGAUUCGCCAAAACUUAUAAUAUACAUAAUCUCUUUUAUUAUGUCAUCGUUCAAGGCAUGGGAGGGAUAUUUCAAACUACAGGAUGGCCUGGAGUAGUAACAGUUAUGAGCAAUUGGUUUGGAAAAAGUAAAAGGGGGUUAAUAUUCGGUUUGUGGAAUUCGCACACUUGUAUAGGAAAUAUUUUGGGUACUGCAAUAGCAGCGGAAUAUGUGGAAAAAGAUUGGGCGUUAUCAUUCAUGAUGCCGGGACUUUACAUUGGAAUUGUUGGUUUCGUUGUGUUUUUGUUUUUGGUUGUUAAUCCGAAUGAUGUAGGAUGUGCUUCUCCUGAUAGGGGUGUGGAGAUUCGACCGAAAAGAAACAGCCGGUUGGAAAGUGGGAUAGUUAACGAUUCUUCUGGUUUUGAUUCAGACGUAGAUGAUACUGAAAUUAUUAUAGGAGAACAUGAUAUCCUUACUCGUUCGCGUCAUUCAGCCACAGAUUCCUUAGAAGUUCAACGUAGGGCGACAGAAAAUUCGCUCUUACUACCUAGAUCGAAUUCUGAUUCGAUUCAAGUAGAACAAGAAGCCAUCGGAUUUAUAAAUGCAUUUCGUAUACCGGGUGUUGUAGAAUUUUCAUUAGCUUUGUUUUUUUCAAAGCUAGUUAGCUAUACGUUUUUAUAUUGGCUUCCUUUGUACCUGAACGCAUCUACAUCGAUGGGUGCAACGGACAGUGCAAAUUUCUCCAUAUUAUUCGACGUCGGUGGUAUAAUCGGAGGCAUAAUUGCUGGAUAUGCCACCGAUAAAACAGACAUGCCGGCAGCCACUUGUUCGCUAAUGUUAAUUUUAGCAGCUCCUAUGAUGUUUAUCUAUGAAAAAAUUAGUGUUGUACAUCUAGGACUGAACAUGAUUUUGUUAGUAACAGUUGGAGUGUUAGUAAACGGUCCCUACGCCCUUAUAACAACGGCAGUAGCUGCCGAAUUAGGUACACACCAUUCGUUAGAAGGAAACGCUAAAGCCAUGGCUACUGUUACGGCCAUUAUUGAUGGUACUGGAUCUAUCGGUGCUGCUGUGGGUCCUCUAAUGGCGGGAUUCAUCAAGAGCUACGGUUGGCAAAACGUAUUUUUCAUGUUGAUGGUAUCGGAUAUAUGUGCGUUGUUCCUUCUGGUCAGAUUAGUUAGAAGGGAAAUCGUAAAAUUGAGGAAUUCUCGAAGAACUGCCAUACGUAUUGAAUGAUAUCGAAAUUUUAGGUAUAUAAUUGAAUGUUAUCCACUUGAACGUUUCAAAUUGUAUCUAGUUACCACAA